UAUCCAUAGCUCGGAACCGCCUUUCGACAUUGCUUUUAUUUGGUUAUUUGCUUUUUGUCACUUUGGCUGUGUUCAGUGUGGCCAAGAUAUUAAAAAUCGCAUUAAAUCCUAAGAACUCUGUCGACAGCUGUUGGAUAUUAAAUCCAAACAGUGCUUCUUUGAUGUUGCCUUAAAGAAGAUAAUACCAAUUUCUCAUUCGGUUUUCUAGUAAUUUCGGCUCUUAGAGGGAGGCCGUAGUUUGUUCCGCUCAUUGAUCCUAUUCGAAUCGCCAGAGCCACCGAAAAAAAAAACAACACUUAGCAAUCUGAUAAAAGAGUUAAUUCUCACACAACGAGCUCAUUUCCUAGCUCGAGAGAGGCGCCGCUUAUCAUAAAAGGAAAUAAUGAAACGAUCAAACGAUAAGUAGUGUACCUUGAAAUGGAGCCUACAUGGUAUGCAACUAACCGCUCUGCGUUCAACUCCACUUCUUGGUGCUUAAACCGCGAGGACGACCUCCUGACGAAGGUGAUCAAGGCUAGUGGAUAUCUCCUAGUGGUUGUUUUGUCCUUAAUUGGUAACGCCUUAGUCGUGUGGGUCAUAAGGAGCGCCUAUCGUAUGCGCACCGUCACAAAUUACUUCAUAACUAACGUCGCCUUUGCUGACUUACUCACAACAGUAUUCAACAUGAUGCCUACUUUGUUUUGGAUCAUUGAAAGGAAGGACCCCUGGAGUGUGGGGGGUACCCUGGGGGAGAUCCUUUGCAAGACAUUACAGUUCUUUCAAUGCGUAUCUGUCGCUUGCUCCGUGUUCAGUAUGGCUGCUAUCUCGAUGGAUCGGUUCUUCGCGAUUUUUCGACCUCUUAAGCGGAUUAUAACAUUCAAAUUGGCGAAGUUCAUUAUUGCGCUAAUCUGGGCCUCUUCCUGUCUCAUCUCCUCUCCUUUAAUCUACGCUUUGAAAUUGGAGGGAGAUGGCGAAGACGUAAAUUGUGUUGAGGUGUGGGCGCCGUUAUUUGACGAUUACACCUCCCCCAUGGUAUACACCAUCGCUCUUUUUGUGCUCUUCUACGCACUACCACUGACCAUCAUCGCAGCUCUGUACGCCGUUAUCAUGUUCAGACUCUGGCGAAGGCAAACUCCAGGUCAAAACAGCACUAGCAAUCAAUCAAACAAGGAGCGAACCAAUAAGAAAGUUCUUAAGAUGCUUAUCACUGUCGUCGCCGUGUUUGCACUAUGUUGGCUUCCCCUGUAUGUGCGUAUGUUCUUGGUAUUUCUUCAACCAUCAAACUUCCCCUGUGGUUUGCCUUACCAUCUCGACUUUAUAACCCUAUUCCUCGGCCAUGCCAAUAGCUCUAUCAAUCCUUAUCUUUACGUGGUCUUCAAUGAGAAUUUUCGUAAAGGGUUCAAAACAAUUUUCAAGCGUCGAAAACCCCCGCCUCAUUUAUCGUCUUCAAGGCGACGACCUGGGAGUACACAAGUCCAGAAACAAGGCCCGUCGCUUAGCUUGAUGGCAAGGCAACAAGACAGUCACUAUAUGCGCAGCUGCGAUGUGAGGACAAGCUUCCAGGGUGAUAUUGUCAUCGAGGAAAGGGAUCUUUUGAAAACGGACCAUGUUGUCUGAGAAAAAAAGAAGAUAUUAUAUAUGCGUGCAGGUUUGCGAUGAAGAAUAUGCAGGACAGUGUUGGCAAUGGAUGGUGUUAACCGACUAGCGACAAACGGCUUAAAAAAUAACUGACUACCGACAAAACAUGAAAACAACUAGUGAUCAGCGACAAAAAAAUAUUUUCCGACUACCGACAUUUUAUUACUUCCGGUAUUUUUACUCUUUACUUCCAGCGCCAAUCUACGUAAAUACGGCCAUUUCAGAAUCUGCAUUAUGUAUUUCCUGUUGCAUCAACUUUUUAGUCAAUUAUUUAUCCAUAAUGAAUUUAUUAUCAAUAAGUUAUUAAUUACUAAUUAAUCCUAAAUAAUGUUAAUCUUGUUGAUACAUGAAUUCUGGUACAAAAGCGACUAUUAACUUAGAUUCACCGACUACCGACAGAGACCGAUAAUUCUGACCGACUACCGACAAAUUACGGAAAUUUUAACUGACCACAUGCAGACCCCCUCAUCCAGACCCUGUGUUGGUGGUGGUGAAUAAGAAGAUGAUGGUGAUAUGAAUUAAAUGGUAUUAUAACAGCAUCAUACAACAGGCACGUACAGCGUGCGCACUAGUCCCCCCCCCUUAACUAGUGGGCCAUGAUGAUGGUUAUGGAAGUGUUGGUGUUUAAGAUGAUGAUGAUGAUAUUAAUUUUGUAGUGAUAUAAAACGUUAUACACCAGGAACGUAUACAUGUGGUGCACGCUAACCCCUCCCCCCCCCCAAAGAUGGAUCGUAAAAUACUAUCCCUUUUCCAUUUGAUAUCUAGGACUCCAGUUAGAAUAAUGGAAGAACUAUAUAACGACAAAAUCGUAAUAGAGGUUUUAAUAUCUAACAUAUAGAUUUUAAUAUCUUAUAAUUGUUAUAUUGUAGCUUAGCCUGAAUGUAUUCACUGAGAGACGACGUCUUUCAGCGAGCAGGACAAAUGCUUACAAACAAUGUGUAUGCCCAUAUCAAUUGUCCUGUUUGUAUAUAUUUAUUUGAUCAGCACAACAGAGACAUUAAUAUAAGAGAAAUAAUUUCAUAAAUAUUCUCCUGAA